AUGAAAACAACUCAUAUAUAUAUAUAUCAUGAAAUUGGAAGAUACCUGGCAUAUAUAUAUAUAUCUAUCCAUGCCCAGUUAUACUUCUUUACCAGACCCACACAUUCCAUCGCCCGCGGCUACUCGCGGCGCCAGGCCAAGUAUCGCGGUCCAGGCGCGCAGGCGGAGCAGUUGCUGCUGUCGGUGCUGGAGCGCUAUGGCGUCACGCGGAGCGAGGAGCCCAAAGGUGCUACACUGGUCUGGGCCAAUUGCUUCGAAAGCAAGUUGUGGGCAUCUGCAGGGCAUUGUUUCAUCAACCACUUCCCACGGUCCGUGGAGUUGUCCCACAAGCACCGGCUCUGCGAGACCUUGAUGCGUGCGAACUGCAGGCACUUACCACCCAGCUUCAUCUUGCCCGAGCAGCUGUCUGACUUCGAGGCUGCCUUGAAGCGUGCUGCUCCGGCGCCAGGCGACAUCCUUGGUUGUCACUGGAUCCUCAAGCCCGGUCGUUCCGGUGGUGGACGUGGGGUGCAGGUCAUUUGCUGUGACCCAGAGACUUCUGCCAACGAUGUAGCCGCAACGUUUGAAUCCUUUGGCGCCUCUCCUGCAGUGGUCAGUCAAUAUGUCCAACGUCCCUUGCUGGUGGAGGGGAAGAAGGUGGACCUGCGGCUGUAUGCGUUAGUGACCUCCUUUGGACAGGAGCCAUCAGAGCUUCGCGCAUACCUCUACACCGAGGGCUUGGUUCGCUUCUGUAGUGAAGCCUUCACCCUGGACCCUACGCAGCUGUGCAAUGGCUGCGUGCACCUGACCAACAACGAGGUGAACGCGAAGAACGCCAAGGCGGCCACCAACCGCCCGGGCUCGGCGAACUGCGGCAACUGGCGGCUUUCGAAGCUCCUUUCGUGGCUGCAAGGUCAAUUCCAAAGCUGUUCUGACCUAGAGGACCUAUGGCCACGAAUUCGACGUCUUGUGGUGGAUGUGCUUCAAGCAGCCAGGCCCCAGAUUGCUGCCGCAGUAGCUGAGCUGCCGAGCGAUGCGCAGCGGCGUUGCUUCGAGUUAUUCGGCUUCGAUGUGUUGGUGGACGAGUCAUUGAGACCCUGGCUCUGCGAAGUGAACAGCUUGCCAUCGCUUGGAAUAGGUGGACUUGAAGAUUUGGAGGUGGACCGAGACAUGCUCUCCAGCCUCUUUGCCAUUGUCUUCGAGGCUAGGCGGCCCGGAAGCCGGAAGGACCCGGACGUGACGGACCCGGACGUGACUCCGGGCAUUGCUUUGAGCCGCUUCUCAAGCCGUUUGGAUUUGGCGCUGCGUUCUGUCUCAAGCCCGGCUUUCCAGCCGCGGCUGGCGAAUUCUCCGGCCAUGGCGUCGUUGACGCUCCGUCCUGUCCAGCCGCAAGUCGCCCAGAGCUGGUCAGCGCCGCGCGUCGCCAGCGCACCGCGGGCAGCCAGUCCCGUGGAUCGUACCUGGACGGAGAGCACGGCUUCGAGUUCUAGUUCAAGUUCACGGCAUUUUGUGACCCUUGGCGAAGUCGAUAGCAGUGUUCAAUUGAUGCUGAUUAUUAGGGCGCUGUUUGGCGCUGGUGUCACUUUCUUCACUGGCCGUGAGCAGACGGAGAUCACUGAGAUCAGCGGCUGGGUACGGAGCCCACGGAGCCCUGGACGCCGCGCCGAAGAUGAGCGCAGGACGUCCGAGGGGUCGGCGGCGGUGACGCUGAAAGCGCAGGAUGAGCGCAGCCGUCCGCGACGUCGUCUGCUCCGUGUCGCUGUUGCCUCGGUCGCUGUGGCACUGGGCUUGGUGGCGCUGCUGUAUUGCACCAGUUUUGUUGAGGGGGCCAUGCACAAGCUCUUUGCGCCGCCUAUGAAGGCCAAAUCACCGAGCUUCGCACUCCUGAUCGGCCUGGCCGUGGGCGGUCUUCACACGGUGGCAGGCCCUGACCACCUGGCCGCCCUGGCGCCGCUGGUCAUCGGCAAGCGCCGCAGCAUCUUCGCCGCCUUCGGCCUGGGGGCGCUCUGGGGCUCCGGACACGCCACCGGACAGCUGGUCAUCGGUCUGGGAUGUCUGGCAGUUCACUUGGGUUUGCUCCAGAUGCACGUGGCGACUGCCCUACAGCAGAUGAGCGGCAUCUUGGUGGGUCUCUCGCUCAUCGCCAUUGGCCUUCUGGGAUUCAAGGAAGCAAAAGACUAUGACCCCACUGAGGAAGAAGAAACCUCCACAG